AUGCCCGUCCCCAUAGUCAAUGGCACCCUGAGUUUCACGGUGUACGCUGGCACCGAGGAACUCAAAGACAAAGCCGUGCAAUUCUACACCGAAGUUAUUGGCCUUACUCCGUUAAAUAAGGGCAACGAUACCACCUUUGUCACCUCCAAGGGACUCACGGUGAGAGUCCAGGUCGACGCUAAUCGUGGGUUAACUCAAUCGCAAAUCGAAGAAAAGCGCCAGACUUUCCAAAAGGCUCUCCACGUCCACGACUGGCGGCUGAUGGAACUGCUGGUGGCGCUUGAAGUGGAACUGAUACUGAAAGUGCUCCAACGCCUCCACCAAGCCAAUAUCUCUCCCGUGCAACAAAGUCCUAACGAUUUGUACCCUAAUGAAGUCUACCUUUUAGAUCCUGUGGGCACGUUGGUGGGCGCGACGGCGCUGACCAACCCGAUCUCCUUGGUGUACCCUAUGGAGAAACAACCGGCUAGUUGCAGCCAGUCGAUGAAGCCACUGGCACUGGAAGCCAGUCUGCGGUCGGUAGCGACGCUGACGCCGAAAAGUAGCCACAACAUCGCCGUGAUGACCUCGGGUGGUGAUGCCCCGGGGAUGAACGCGUUUGUGCGGGCAGUGGUGCGUUCGGCGAUCUACAAGGGGCUGAAGCCGUUUGUCAUCUGUGAAGGUUAUGAAGGGUUAGUUAAAGGUGGACCUAAAUACAUCAAGCCGAUGCUGUGGUCUGAUGUCCGUGGAUACUUGACCAUUGGCGGUACCAUUAUCGGUACUGCGCGUAAUAAAGAGUUCCGUGAACGGGCUGGUCGGCUUGCCGGUUGUAAGAACUUGAUUGACGCCGGUAUUGAUGCCCUUAUCGUCUGUGGUGGUGACGGGUCGUUGACCGGGGCCGAUACUUUCCGCGCUGAAUGGCCGCUGUUGAUCGAAGAGCUUUACCAAAAGAAACAAAUCACUCAAGAACAAUACGAUAAGCACAAGCACUUGAACAUUUGUGGGGCCGUGGGGUCGAUUGAUAAUGACAUGGCGUUGACUGACGCUACCAUUGGUGCCUACUCCUCCCUCGACCGGAUCGUCCAGGCCAUCGACUACAUCGACGCCACCGCCAACUCUCACUCGCGGGCGUUUGUGAUUGAAGUCAUGGGUCGCCACUGUGGUUGGUUGGCGUUGAUGGCGGGUCUUGCCACCCUGGCCGACUACAUUUUGAUCCCAGAAAAGCCGUCGCUGCUGAGAGAAUGGCAGGACCAAAUGUGCGAUAUCGUCGGUGGCCACCGUCAACGUGGUAAGCGGAAGACCAUUGUCAUCGUAGCCGAAGGUGCCAUUGCCAACGACCUUACUCCUAUCACUUCAGAACAAGUUAAAGAUGUGUUGGUUAACCGUCUUGGCCUCGACACUAGAGUAACCACCUUAGGGCACGUGCAAAGAGGUGGUUCUGCCGUCGCCUUUGACCGUAUCUUGGCGACAUUACAAGGGGUGGAAGCCGUCAACACCGUCAUUGAGCUGACUCCGGACACUCCGUCGCCGAUGAUUGCCGUUCGCGAGAACCAAAUCAUCCGCCAGCCGUUAAUGGAAGCGGUGAAAAUUACCCAUCAAGUGGCCGAUGCUAUGGACAACAAGGACUUUGCCACCGCCAUGAGUUUGCGUGACUCUGAAUUCACCGAACAGCUCAACAACUUCAUCACCACCAACACUGCCGACCACUUGAAGCCGGCAUUGCCUGAAAGCAAGCGCAAGCGCAUUGCCAUCAUUAACGUCGGUGCUCCCGCUGGUGGUAUGAAUGCUGCCACCUAUGCCAUGGCUACCUACUGUAUGCAACGAGGCCACACCCCUUACGCUAUCCAUAACGGUUGGGGUGGUUUGGCUCGUCACGAGCUGGUUCGCCUGAUCAAAUGGUUGGAUAUUGACGGGUGGAUUCUGCAAGGGGGUUCGCAAAUCGGUACUAACCGUCAAACCCCCGCCGAAACCGAUAUUGGUAUGAUUGCCUAUUACUUCGAAAAGUACCAGUUUGAUGGACUCAUUCUCGUUGGUGGUUUUGAGGCGUACACCUCGUUGGAACAACUUGAAGAGCUGCGGUCGAUGUACCCUGCUUUCCGUAUCCCUAUGGUGUUGAUUCCCGCCACCAUCUCCAACAACGUCCCGGGUACCGAAUACUCGUUGGGGGCCGACACUUGUCUCAACUCGGUGAUGGAAUACUGUGACAUCAUCAAGCAAUCGGCAUCGGCAACCCGCGACCGCGCGUUCAUUUGUGAAGUUCAAGGUGGUAACUCCGGUUACAUUGCUACUUUCGCUCAAUUGAUCAGUGGUGCUCAAGCCCUGUACGUGCCCGAAGAAGGCAUUGAUUUGCGCCAGCUUGAAAUGGACAUCUCCAGUUUGCGAGAGCUGUUUGCCCUUGACAACAGCAAGACCCGCCUGGGUAAGCUUCUCAUCAAGAGUUCUAACGCAUCCAAGGUGUUGACCACUGAGGUUCUCACCGAAAUCAUGAUCCAAGAAUCGAACAACGCCUUUGACUGUAAGGCAGCAGUGCCUGGUCACGUCCAACAAGGUGGCACCCCCACUCCCAUUGACCGGACUAGAGCUUCGCGGUUUGCCAUUCGCGCGGUUCAAUUCAUUGAAGAACAAGCGGAAAACAUUCUGCCUUACCGGGAAACGUUGGAUAUCCCUGUUGACGAUGAAGUGGUGAUGAACACUGCCGCCGUGUUGGGGGUGAAGAAGCUGAAGCUUCAAUUCCUACUGGUGAGAUUCUUGUGGGAAUACGAGACGCAACGGUCAAAGAGAAUGCCCCGUAAGAUCCACUGGGCCAAGACAAGAGAGAUUGCUGACCAACUUGUGGGGAGAACUAAGCUCACUGUGAAAUCUUAG